AUGUCACAAUCAAAUCUCGCUGAGCAGUUGAUCAAGAACAUUGAAAGUACUAUUGAUGUGAACGCAUCGCCAGAACAACAGUUACAACAGUUAAAAUCCCAGCUGGCAGCACUCUCUCAACUACCCUCGAUCAUACAACAGACUGUGCAGCGAGUUAACGACAGAAUCAACAGUAUAACUCAGAAGGAACAACAGAAAAGGAUGGAAGUACAAAAUACAAGCACAACAAAUCCGGUCCAAAUAAAGAUCACUAAACCUAGCGUGAGUGAAGAUGACCUGGCCUUCGUGAAGAAGGAAGAAGUGAAGAAGAUAUUGAACACAAAGAUGAAAGAAGAGAAGAUGAAAAGGGAAAUGGAUUUUAAGAAGACAAAUCAACAAUCACGUCAAUCCGAAAAAGCAACGCCAUCUUUUGGUAGACUUCAGGAACAAUCGAGAAUAUUAUCUCGUAGGAAAUGGUACCAUACUGACGAGGUAUACGACGAAGAUAUGAUAAACGAGGCUUUACUUGGACAAGCGGAGCUUGAAGUGCUUGUUGACUUUGGCCCGACACCAGAUAAACUGACUGUUGAGAAAACCCUCAAUUACCUGAACGCUCAAGACGAUGUUCAGCAGGCAGUAUUUAAGAAUGGUGCAGUAAUGGUUGAGACAGUCCUACCAAGUUCGGUCAUCUUGGAUAUGGUGAUUAAGACAUCGGGAAAGAGGGCCGUUCUACAAGGAUUUGGAGAUAGUAAGUCAGCCGUAGCUAUGAUUUCGAGUAAGUGCACUUCGGAGCAAGUGCUCGGAGUUAUACGCUUCACACAGACAGAUGGCGUUCUGAUAGCUGAUGGCAGUGUUGACGGACUUACUCCUGGCCUACACGGGUUACAUGUACACGAGAGCGGGGAUUUGAGUAUGGGUUGUUCAUCUAUCGGUGAUCACUACAACCCUCUGUCGUCACCUCACGGAUCACCCGCCGACCCGCCGUGUGAGAGGCACGCGGGCGAUCUCGGAAACAUACACGCGGACGAACAGGGACGCGCCAGGUUCAGGAUAUUCGAUAGCUUGCUGCAGAUAGACGAGCUUCUCGGUAGAUCGGUAGCGGUCACACAACGAGCCGAUGAUCUGGGUCGAGGUUCGAGUCCCUGUUCAAAAAUCAACGGCGAUUCGGGACCGCCCAUCGCGUGCGGCAUAAUAGCUAGAUCUGCGGGUAUCUUCCAAAAUACUAAACGAAUAUGCGCCUGUGACGGCGUUGUUGUGUGGGAUGAGAAGGAUAGACCUCUAGCGGGGAAAGGAAGAAGAUUACAAAAUGAGAAUGAACAGAAUGAGAGUGGAAAGUGUGGAGGCAAGACAUGUUGUAAGGUUUAG